AUGGAAAAGCUCGAUGACGAGGUCUGCGUGAUCUGUUGCGAGAGCUUGAACCCUUUGUACCGCUUGGCAGGGGAGAAGCCGAACGUCACCUCCGCCUGUGGUCAUAGUCUGCAUCAUGCCUGUUUCACUGCGGUAUAUGGUCCCGUAAAAUUGGCGCUCUCGCGUCGAGACUUGGGCGUGUGUGGCGUGUGUCGUCAGCCGAUGCGCUUGGACCAGGAUGAGGUCAAUGGGACGAACCGCUCAAGACGAGGCAACAACAUCACGACGUCGUCUCGUGGACAGCUUCCGAGCGAGUUUACCAAGGCGACGAGGAGCCCCAUGGUUGACGCGGCGUCUAUGUCGUCGUUUGCCUCUUCAGCCGACAAGAACGAGCAGGAAGCCGACGACCCCGUCGACAUUCCCCGGAAGACCAGUGGUAGCGGGUCCAUGAUCCCCCAGGUCGUCGUUCCCACCAUUACCGUCAAGGCCGAGCACAGCAUCAUCUCCAAAAGGGUUGAUAACGCCAAGAGGGGUUUGACCUGUAUGAUCACGGUACAAGUCCCGCCAUCAGGACGACGACCUUUUUACAAAAGCAGGGAUGCGGAAUCCCCAGCUUCGAUCGACAGUCAAUCUGGAAUGCCGAGGGCGCGGACGAUAGGCGGUCUCUCGAGCGCGGUGCCUGCCACUCCAGACAGUAGCGUCCCACCUAGCUCUGCGAGGUCUCUAGGCCCGGACCCCUUUGCUCACGUCGCAGCCGAUCUGAAGCAUCGACUAGCCGACUUCAAGAGCAGCGGACUCGAUACUCUGGGCCGGAUCCGCCUGUUCGACAUACUCCAGGUCCGCAAAGGACAGUUCGUACUGGACAUCAUGGUCUUCUUGUACGACAUGGCUAUCGUCUGCGUUGCCGAGGAAAAGAAGCGGGGAUUGAAAUCACUACUCACUUCGAGCUCUAGCAGCAACAAUCUUCGUGGCGGGGAUGACAGAAAUUCGAAAAAGUCUAAGGCGCCUCUCAAGUUGAAGGGCAGGAUCUACUUUAGGGACGUAUCUCGGAUCGUAGACUCCUCGCUCGCAGGAGAGUUGAGCGUGACCAUUCAGAUGAAGGCGACGAACAUCGAGAGCUUCAUUCUGGUCUUUCGCGACAAGUCCGCCCAAUCUCUCUGGAUGAACACCCUGAACAUGGCUCUAGCGGAAUGUAACGGUGCCAGCUCCGCUAUACCGAUGACACCCGUCUCACCACCUAAUUCGGGCAUAUCGAGUAAACUCGCUCGGAUGGGGAUCCAGGAGCAGGUCGUCUCGGCAACGCAGUUCCGAAAGGAAAGCAUGUCCUCGGCUGUUUCACUGCAGACUACUAGUGACGUUUCGGUAGCCAAGCCUCUUGCACCUGUCCAUACCCCCCUCGACCUAGUCAUUGUCGUCCCCGUCCCUUCGAUGAAGAGUCCCGCGUCCGCUUCCACAACCCUCAAGCUGGACCUCGUCUCUUCUACCCUCAAUUUUAUUGUUGCCUCCUUAGGCAAUCAUGACAGGAUCUGUAUCGUCGCUUAUCAGGCCGGAUUUGACGGUUGGGUCAAGCGAACUCCUUUCCUCAAUGCAACCCGCUACGAGAGUCGAAAACGCCUUGACAAAUUUGUCCUGAGUUUGGUCGAUAACGAGGGAGAUACGUACGAGCAAUUUGCCGUGCCAGGGACAAGAGAUGAGCAAAUAGACAUCGUGAGCGCCGUGAACGCUUCGCUGGAUAAUACUCUACAACGAAAAGGCAAGAACCCGAUCAGCGGUAUGAUCGUGGUCAGCGACACGGGUGGGAUUCCUAGCCGGUCCAGCAUGGACUUGGUUAUAGCUCGACUCGAAGCAGCCAAUGUACCGAUCCAUGCUGUUGGUUUCACCAAGAGCCACGAGCCAAGUCCUCUAUGGCUGCUUUCCAAUGCCACGCAUGGCACUUAUGUCUCUCUGACUCACGAUUGGAAUCAGCUCAGAGACGUCUGCGCCGGUAUUCUGGGCGGCUUGAUGAGCAUCGUCAUGGGUUCGGUCAAGUUGUCGCUAUCGGCAACGGUGCCUCAAUUCCGUAUCCGACGCGUUCAGGGAGCUCAAAGCACCAUGAUCUCGACGGAUGGUCAUACAAGCGAAGUCGACUUGGGACACCUGGUAUCAGGAUCCAAGAUCGAAGUUCUGGUGGACUUGGAACGGGAACGGUCCGGCUCUGUGGACGAGAAUGGCGACCCUUCCGAUGACGAUGCCCAUUCUGCCGGAUCGAGCCUCCAUCAAGUCCAAAAGACGAGAAGCAUCGCGAAUGCCGAGCCUCACUCCGCCGACUCGAACCUGAACCAGAUGUGGGAAGAGGGAGCACUGGAAGAAAUCCCGUUACUGUCCGUCGACUGCCAGUACAUGGACCCGGCGGCUAGGAGACAGAUCGCUCGUCUCAGCGACCCUCGGCUCCUCAUGAUCACGCUUUCAGCCUCUCAACCAAGCAAGCAAGUCGCCGCUCCCGAAAUUCUGCGACGCAAGGCAGAGUUGCUUGCGAGUGAAUCCAUGACCCGCGCCGUGCUGCUGGUUUCGCGCAACAACUGGGCACAAGCGCGCCGCAUAAUUUCGGAGACGAGCAAGAUCUUGGCGUUCAACUUGUCUAACGCCAUGAAUUCGAUCCCGAAUACCCUUCAACGAGCCACCCCAUCAGCCAUCCGCAAGGAGACCGAGGCUAGAGUCACGACUCAUCUAUACUCGGCGAUUCUAGAGGAUCUCGACGUACUCGGUGAGGGGUGCGAUGAAGAGGUCAAGGAGGUGUUUGAGCGCGAUCAGCGAACAUACUCUGCCCAGCAGGCACUUAUACUCAGAAAGCAGCUGUCCUGGACAUCGCGCUCCGCGACGGAACAGCUAUAUAUCACGGAGGGUUCGCAAGAACUGCUCGGCAUCUCUCGCUCCUGGUCGCAGCGCUGA